AUGAAGCUACUCUCCGCCCUGGCCAGUGUGGUGGCUUGCGGCUCAUCCCUCGCUUUUGCCUUGAGCCCCCCAGUCAUCGAUACUCAUUAUGGUACAAUCCAUGGUAGCCUCUCUCCUUUCCGUGGCGGUGAUAAGGCUUUCGUUUACAAGGGGAUCCCGUAUGCCCAGCCACCCACCGGCGCCAACCGUUGGACGCAUGUCGGUGGCCCAAGCUACUGGGGAAAGCUAAAUGCUACUGAAUUUGGCCCGCAAUGUGCCCAAACCAUCAGCGAUGCCGGUAUCUUCUCCAGUGGCAAGAACUCAACUAGUGAGGAUUGCCUAUACCUCAACAUCUGGACUCCUGCAUACGAGAACCAGACGGACAUGGGCUCAAAAAAGCUACCCGUUUUUUUCUGGAUUUACGGUGGACGUUUCACGGGUGGCUCAGGUGAUGUCAAGACAUACGACGGUACUGGCUUCGCGCAGAAAGACAUCAUCGUGGUUACUAUUAACUACCGUCUCGGACCUUUUGGAUAUCUCGCCCAUCCUGAAUUAAGUGCCGAAUCAGGCACUAACAGCUCUGGCAAUUAUGGUAUUUUGGAUCAACAAGCUGCUCUUCACUGGGUAAAUGAGAAUAUUGCCAAGUUCGGCGGCGACCCUGAUCAGAUUACUGUUGGUGGCCAGUCCGCUGGCUCAGCCAGUGCCCUCGACGCUAUGUGGAGCCCCUUGACCAAAGGCCUCGCAGCAGGAAUAAUCGCCGAGAGUGGUGCCCGUGGUCCCCAUGAUCCAAUGACUGGUACUGUGGCAACCUCUUACAGAACCAAGAAAGCCGCAGAGGCACAAGGAGUCCGAUUCUUGAAGACCAUGGGAGUCGCCUCGAUAGCUGAGCUCCGGAAUGCCUCUAUGGACAGCCUUCUCGUCUAUGAUGGAAUUUCAGACACCAUCUGGGACGGUACUCCCUUUGAGAACUUUACCGCUGCAUUCAUGGAGCCACCUAUGUGGCGUCCCAACAUUGAUGGCUACGUCUUCCCGGAUACCUACUUUGAGGCUUUGCGCAAUAACUCCCAUGCCGAUAUUCCUAUCUUGACCGGAAACAAUGCAGACGAGUCUGGUGCUACCCCGACCCUGGCCUACUCAGCUUCGAGGUACCACGCUCUCUUCAGUGAGCUUUUGGGUGACCUUUCCGAUGAAUUCUUCUCUCUGUACCCGGGUCAGAAUAGAUCACAGGCAGCGGAAAGCGGCAAAGAAUUCUGGAGAGACCUUUCUCGAGUUGGAACCUGGCGCUGGGCUCUUGACUGGGCCGCUGGUGGCGCCAAUGCAUCUGUAUACACUUACUACUUCAACCACUGGCCGGCGGAAGACAAAUCCGAGGGUGCUUAUCAUGGAAGUGAGCUUUGGUAUACCUUCAACAACUUGCCGUACAGCUCAUACUCUAAUGUAACCUGGGAAAGUGAGGACUAUGAAAUUGAGACGAAGAUGGCCAACUAUUGGGCCAACUUUAUCCGCAAUGGCAACCCCAACGGCGACGGCCAGCCUCACUGGAGGGCCUCUAGAAAGGAGGCGCAGACAAUGUGGCUGGGAGACCAGUGGAAGAUGGGCCCCAUCACAAAUGACAAUAAGCGCAUUCAGUUCCUGCACAAGUGGACUUCCACCUUGCCUGCAUGGUAA